AGUGAACCAGGCACUAACAUGGACAUAGAUUCGGCUUUGCUCUGUCACACACAUGCACACACAUGAAUGUAGACAACUACAUCAAGCAGCCAGUUGAGAUCAUAGUCACACACACACACACACACACACACACAUCCACUCAUCCAUACUCAUACAAGUACUUACCUACUUCCAUAUAUAUUAUAUACACAUACCUACGCUUCUCACAUUGACAUUUACACAAGCAGUCAUAUCUAGCAGUUAGUAAGUACCUACAUACAUAUUUCUGUAUAUACCUACAUACAAAAACACACCUAUAUCAACACUCCAUCUGCUCUCCACCAACAACCCAACUCACACACACGUGUGUGUGUGUGCGCGCGUGUAUAUAAAUAUAUAUAUAUAUAUGAAUAUAUAUAUAUAUAUAUCCUUAUAUCCUGUUGACAAGGCUUUCAACAUGUCUGAGCGAAUAUUUGUUACAAUUAAAUAUGGAGACAACCAACAUACCAUUCUCAAUCCAAACUGUAGAAUGCUUAUAUUUACAGAGUGGUUAAAAACGAAAUGUAAAUAUGACAAAAACCUUGAAAUCGAUCUGAUGGAUUUUUCUGGAAACAUAUUAAACUUGUCUUCUUCUCAGCGACCGUAUGCAAAUGAAGUUAUUAACGUGGGCGACGCCUACGUCCUUCUAUCUGUGGAACGUGAUAAUGGGAAUAUCAAAUAUAUUUCAUUAUUGGAAAAUCUAGAGAAAAUCCACCCGGAACUUUACAACAAGCUGGAAAGAUUGUCCGGAAGUUCGAAAUCACCGGCGAGAAGUGUGAGCGGGAAAUCAAGAAAGUCUGGCAAGAAUAACAAAUUGAAAUCAACUCCGUCACCAAACGUAAACCAGCGUUAGCAGAAGGGAUGUUUUGAAGAUGAAGGUCUGUGACCGACGGAAGUGGGGUGUCAGUUUAUCGAAAACACUUGAUCGAAAACAGUUAUUUAAAAAAAAAAAUCAGUUGAUUGAUGGAACAGUAGCUCGAAUCAACCAAUUAAACGAAUUUAGUAAAUAUUCGAAAUACGGAAAACAGGGUGAAGUAAAAAGGAAACAGCCCCCCAUGUUCCAUUAAUUUCUUCUUCUUCUUCUUCUUCUUCUUCUUCUUCUUCUUCUUCUUCUUCUUCUUCUUCUUCUUCUUCUUUUUUCUUCUUCUUCUUCUUCUUCUUCUUCUUUCUUCUUCUUCUUCUUCUUCUUCACGGGGCGACAGAUGGAACAAUCAUAAGCACGCCGGGCAAAACGGAGUCGAUAAAACAAUUACCAGUUAUGUACUGGGAUCGAUGUAAUCAACGUACCCCUCCCCUCAAAUUUUUGUUCCUGUGCCUCUAUAAUUGAAAGGACCAUUAAACGUGUGUGCAUUUGAUGUUCCUAUUCGUUGCCCAAGAAUUUGCUGUCGAUUAUGUUGAUGUCCCUUUAUAACCCCGAUCAUAGAUGGUUCCAAGUUCUACGGAAAUUGAAUCAAUAUCGAAAAUAUCGAUAUCGACUUAAUAAAAUUCAAUAAAAUUCAAUAAAAAUAACUUUAUUGAAUCAAGUUAUGGGCACCCGAAAACAUACGUGUGUGAUCUUUAAGGUAUUGGCUUACUUCGACUGUAAACAUAAACAUGUAUAUAAAAACGACAUCACUUUACAUAAUUUAAUAAAAAGUUAUUUUUAAGAA